AUGUCUUCUGAAUCUAAUUUAGGUCAAUACCAUCAUAAUUUGCCAUCCUCAAAUGGUUCUAUAUUAUCAUCCAAUCAAAUACCCCAACAACAGCAGCAACAACAACUACAACAACUACAACUACCUAACUCAUCAUCAUCCCAUCCUAUUGGUCCACCCCCUCCUUUGUUAACCAAUAAUUAUCAAUCUGUACCUCCAGCGCUUACAUCUCCAACUUCUGCAUUAUUAGUCCUUAGUAAUAUUCCACCUGAUUUAACUCAAAGAGAAGCAACUAUAAUAUUCUCCUUAGUAAUUGAUGAAAUUAUAAAUAUUGAAGUUAAAGAUUAUAGAAUAUUUGCAUAUUUUAAAAAUAUAAAUACUUGUUUAACAACUGGAAAAUUAAUUGAUGGGAAAUUUAUAUUUGGAAAUGAUUAUCCUCCAAUUAAAGUUGAUUAUGAUAAUAAUCCAAUGUUAAAUAAUAAUUCACCUCAAAAUUUACAUAAUACAAAUAAUGCAUUUGGAAAUUUAAGACUUUCAAAUUCAAAUAUUUCUCCUCCAAAUUUAUCAAAUCAUCCUCAAAUUCAUCAUCAACCUUCAAAUCCAAAUAUAUCGUUAUUAAAUGGAUCUCAACAACAGCAACAGCAACCUCAACAACAACAGCAGCAACAGCAACCUCCUCAACAGCAACAGCAACAGCCUCAACAACAACAACAACAACAACAACAACAACAACAACAACAACAGCCUCAACAGCAGCAACAGCAAGGCCAACCUCCAUUUGAUAAUUUCCAAAAGAGACAAUCAAUUGGAAAUCAAAGAUCAAGAUUUGUAUUUAGUGAUCCAUUUGCUGCCAAUCCAGGUUCAAACCAAGUACCUCCACCUCCUCAACUUACUCAACAGCAUUCUCAAUCUCAAAUUCCAACCUCUCAAUCGUCACAACCUCAACCACCACAACAACAACAGCAACAACAACCUCAACAACAACAAGCACAACCUCCUCAACAAUCAAAUUCUCAAGAAGGUCCAUCUCAAAAUCAACCUGGUCCGGUAAAUACAAUUGAUUUAUCUGAUUUAAGUGGUAAAUCAAUUUUAUUAAUGGAAUCUCAAAAUGAUGCUAGAGAAUAUGAAAAUUUGGUUAGAGAUCCAUGGGGUUCAGGUUCUUCAGCAUCUGGUAAUCCUGGAAGUACCUCUCAACAACAACCACAACCAUCAUCUCAAUCGAUUGGGUCUAAUCCUCAAACUCCUGGAAUUUCAUCGCAUAAUACUUUUGAUUGGAAUAAUAGUUCAAAUACUGGUAGUGGAAAUGCUUAUGAUAAUAAUGGAGCUGUGGGUCCAAAUAAUAAUGGCUCAUCUAUUAAUGGUACUGCUAAUCCGGCUUCUGGUCAACCUGAUCGUAGAAGAACUUCUUCAGCAUUCUUUAAUACUAAUCAACCACCUUUAUUACCAUUAACUAGUACUCAUCCUUCUGCUCCUUCAUCAAGUUCACAAUCUGUUCAAGUACAACCAACUCCACCAACAUCAGCACCUACUACUACUUCUACUUCUAAUCAAUCGAUCGUUAGUUCUUCCACUGUUGUUCCUCAAGGUCCUACUGCUGCUGGUUUAUUGGCUGCUGCUCAACAAGCUCAACAACAACAAUCUCAACAGCAACCACAACAAUCAUCUCCUCCAAAUGCUAAUGUUCCAUUAACUAUGGCAUCUGCUUUGUCUGCUGCUGUGAAAUCGUCUGCUCCACAACAAUUACCACCACAACAGCAACAACAACCUACUACUCCUCAUCAAACAGCUGCACCAGAUAAGGAUAUUCCUGAUUUAUCAUUAUUAGCUAGAGUUCCACCUCCUGCAAAUCCUGCUGAUCAAAAUCCUCCAUGUAAUACCUUAUAUGUGGGUAAUUUACCUCCUGAUGCCACUGAAGCUGAAUUACGUUCAUUGUUUGCCCCUCAAAAGGGAUUCCGUCGUCUUUCUUUCCGUACUAAACAAUCAACUACCGGUCCAAAUACUACUGCUGGAGGUCAUAAUCAUGGUCCAAUGUGUUUUGUUGAAUUUGAAGAUGUAGCACAUGCUACAAGAGCAUUAGCUGAAUUAUAUGGUAGAGCAUUACCAAGACCAAAUGGAGGUAAUGGUAAAGGAGGUAUUAGAUUAUCAUUUUCUAAAAAUCCAUUAGGUGUUAGAGGACCAGGAAAUCCAAGAAGAACUUCAACUAAUCAAAUUCCAGGUACAACUGGUGGUAUUAUUGGAGGUAGUGGAGUUUCAACUGGUCAACCUCAACCACCAUCACAGCAACCACCUCAACAACAAGGUCCUGGUACAGUAGGUAAUUAUGGAUACCUGACUUACAAUCAAAAGUAG